AUGAAAUUCAAUAUCCAUGCGACCCCCGAAGAGCAGAUGCCACAACAAUCUCAGUCUCAGCUUCAGCAACAGUCGAAAGGGUCGACACUAACGCAUAUCGUACGUCCUGAUCUUGAUCGACUGGACCAGAUGAUCGGCAAAUUGCAACGAUGUACGACUUCAGCUAAUACGACAUGUGUUUCACCUAUUGAUCACGAAACAAUGAAUAGGCAACAACAACAACAGCAGCAGCAAAUGCAUGCUACUCAACGUUCCUUUUCAGCGAAAUGUCGAGCACCACUUCCACCACCCGUGUCACCACCCACAAAUAAUAAUACUUCGAAAUCAGGAAUAUCUUCUUCACUUCCUGGAACAUUUAUAUCUUCGUUACGUCAAUUGUUUUCAAUAUUAGAUAAAACGAAUAGUGGUUAUGUACCAUUUGAUCUAUUCAAACGUUAUUGGACACCAUCAUUUUCUUUCGAUAAUUCAUCAUCAACAUCUGAUAUUUUAAAUGAACUAGAGAUUGAAUCAAAACCAAAUAAUUAUUUAAUUACAUUUGAUUUACUUUUAAGUGUUAUUGAAAGAUCAUUAUCAUCGACCAAACAUUCGUCCCCGCCAAUAACAACAUAUGAUUCAUCGUUAUCAUCAUUAUCAACACCACCAAUCAUAAUUCCAAAAGCAACACGUCCACCACCACCUAUAUCAUUUCCAUUGAAUCGCUCAACAAGUGUAGUAGUUAAUACUCCUACGCCUAAAAAAGUCGAACAACAAAUUCCCGUUAUUUAUAGAAGUUAUAAUGGUUCAGAAAAUAAUCAUUAUUAUUAUUCACAUGAUAACACAUCAAUUCCUGUACGUCAUAGAAAAAAAACUUUUGUACAAAAGGCAACGAAACAAAAUAGAAAUAUUUAUAGUGAAAAUCCAUCAAUGUCGACGCGUAGAAAUACAAUUCAUACGAAUGACAUUGACUUUUCUAUGAUUCGAGCGAUGAAACGAUUUGAAAUUGAACGCGAUCUUCUUCUUCAAACAUGUGAUACACUGGAACGUGUUAAAUCUUAUCUAGCUGAUCGUCUUCUUGAAAUGAAAGAUAAACAACGUUCAUAUUGUCUUCAUCUAUCAGCAGCAGAAACAACUGGUAUUGCACCAGAACCACUGUUCAAUCGAGAUCUAGUAGCUGAUCUACUAAAAUUAGCCAAUACAGUUAUUGUCGAAGCUAAUUAUGAUUCAAAGAAGUCCUCAGAUCGUUCAUCGAGUUCAUUAUCUUCAUCAUCAAUAAAUGGAAUAAAUAAUCAAUAUCAACAACAAUUGAAAGCAAAAGAUAAUCGUAUUAAACAAUUAGAAACUGAAAAACGUGUUUUAUUAAAAGAAUUAGUUGAAAUGAGACACCAACAUAGAACAGUCGUUCCGGCUAAAAAUUCAUAA